UCAUCUUCUUCUCUCCCAUUCACAAAUCACAAUACUUUUCCCAAUUGAAGCCAUCCAAAUCUUCCUCUGUAAUUUCUUUUGCAUUCCACAUCAUAAUCACAAGAAACCCAUAAUGGGUUUGAAGAAUCUCUUCAAUCGGAAGAAGAAGAAGAAGAAAUCCGCCGAGGAAGACAACACCACCCAUGAACACGAAUCCACACUUCCCGAAACGAAUCCCACGAAAUUGACGCCGGAAACGCACCGUGCCAACUCCUUGGAUUCUCGUAUACGGAUCGAGGAGGAACUCGAGCAGGUUUUCAAUAAAUUCGACGUCAAUGGCGAUGGGAAGAUCUGUUCAUCGGAGCUGGGAUCGAUCAUGGGGAGCCUGGGACAUCAACCCACGGAGGAGGAGCUAAAGAACAUGAUCAAGGAGGUGGACGCCGACGGGGAUGGAUUCAUAGAUUUGAAGGAGUUUAUCGAACUCAACACAAAGGACAUCGAUUCGGCGGAGGUUUUGGAGAAUCUCAAAGAUGCCUUUUCUGUUUUUGACACCGAUAAAAAUGGAUUGAUCACGGCGGAGGAGUUACAGAAUGUUUUGGGUAAUCUGGGCGAGGAAUGUGCUAUCGCCGAGAGCCGGAAGAUGAUCGCCGGCGCCGACCGCGACGGCGACGGGAUGAUCAGCUUUGAUGAGUUCAAGGUUAUGAUGAUGGUGGGUUCGCAUUUCGAUUCAGUGGGGUCAAAGAAACAUGAGCCCGUCAACAAAGAUUAAAUUAAUUAUUUUUUUUAAUCGUAUUUUCUUGUAUUGAUUUUAGAAAUAUUUUAUCGUUGGAUUAUUGAUGUAUUCUUGGUCUUCAAUGAUUAAGAUUUGGAUCUCUAAUUUCUUUU